AGGAGGCAAAGAUGGAGGCUGCAUCGUCUGUAACAGCCACUUUCUUUUCAUUUGACAAUCUGGAAUCUGUCAAAGUCCUUGUCACAACUUUUCAAAAUGAAAAAGAGACUUCUAAAAAAAUUCUUCAUGUUUCAAGUACCAAGAAUCUUAUUGAACAAACUCUUGCCCAGCAAUCUGGCUGUGUUUUGGACAGGAUAUUAAAGUAUAAAUCUGACUUCUUGGAAUACACUGAUAUCGACACAAAUGUGGAAAUUAAGGACUUUGACAGAUUCCACAUGUUCCUGUCAACUAGAGGGCCCCUGAUGGAAGCUUCUCUUGAGGAGAUUAAUCAAAACCAGCCCCAUACUAAUAGGGGAGAGGACAGUCAGCCCUUACAGUCAUUACUCAUGAAGAAAGCUCCACAGAUUCUUCAGGAGUACGAAACCACAGGUUUCCUGUCAGUGCAGUUAAGAAAGCUUCUUGUGAAGACAUGCGUAGGAGAUCUAGUUGAGAAGUGUGGUUUUUAUCCCCUUAAUGAAGACAAGCUGGCCUUAGCAAGGAGCGUCAUUGCCACCUUCCCAUCUCUGAGUGUCCAGGUGGCUGGACAAGGGGAGAGAUUUGUAAGUGAACAAGUGAAACAACAUAUCACAGACAUUCAAUGCUACUGAGACUGAAAAUGACAACACCACCAAUGAGUGGGUCACCUUGAUCAAAAGGUUGCGGCCCUCUUCAGAAAACCUGUCAGCAAUUAAGUCAGGCAUGGAGAAAACAUUCACCCAGCGCAGAGCCUGGAUUAUGAGAGAAUCACCCACGCUCGCAGAGAUAUUAAGUGAAUAUCCACGGUUUCUGGACAUGCCGAGUCUGCUGGACUCAGACUUUGGAAGGCUCACUGGUGAAAAGGCAGAC